AUGGUUGGCACUACAUGGGCUUCAGCUCUGCAGAGUGCAUGGCUUGAAGAGCUUGCAGAUGUCGACUGUGACUGGGACAGCAUAUCGCCUCCAAGCACGCCUAACUUUGGUACGGUCGCACUGUCUUCUCCAACCGAAGAUGUUGCAUUCCUCCCACAUGGCACUUUCUGCGCCAGCUUCCGUCCCGUCUCAUCAUCUUCAACAGACGACGAGCUGUUUGAUGACACGACAGAUCUUGAGAGCUUCCUCCGCGAAACAGAAGGCGAGAACUUCCCUAGCACUGCAUCAACAUACACCAUGGCAUCGACAUCUACCUUGGCCUCGACACCAGUCGUCUCAACAUCGGCUGUUUCAGCUUCUCGCCCAGGCUCAUCAUCCUCCGCCUUCUCCGCAUACCAAACUCCGAAGCGUAUCAUCCGCGGAAGAUUUCCUCCCGCCCUGAAAUCAAAUUCUCCGGUUCCUGGCCUUACCUCCUCUCUGUGCGUCCGCACACUCUUUUGCCUAGGAGAAGCCUUGAAUGUAGGUUGCCAGGCUGUUCGCGACAAUCAAGAUGUUCUUCUCGAAUUCUACUGUCGUGUCAUGUCCUCGUAUCGCGAAGAUGACAUACAACAUUUCGUGCUUGCGGAUCUCACACAUGAUAAUCCGCCCUUCAUCAAUGCUACUUUUGCGUCUUAG